AUGACGGUGCUUCAACGUACCAUAAGUAAGUCGAAAACUCAUUGACAAGGCCAGAAUUUAAUUAAGUUUCUUUUUUGGUGGUAUCAGCUCUUUGCCCUUUCUUCGUUUGGCCAAAGAUUGACAAAUGUGCUGACAAAGACAUGAACUGCUACCUUUGGGUAGCCGAGAACCCAGAACGGUGUGAGAACGAUGAAAUUAUCAUAAAAGAUUGCAAGAAAACUUGCGGAAACUGCACAGAAAGUGUUGAGGUAGAAGAGAGUGAGUUUGGAUAUAAAAAAAACUUAAAGUUAUUGAUUUUUAAUAACUCAACAUCAAAAAAGAAAUUGUUUCGACUGUCUCAUUGACAAUGACAUUUUUAGAGUACAACAUCAAAAACUUGGCUCCAUCAUUGCACAAAGUAGCCUUUUUGGUCGGAAUCUGGAGAUCUGAAUUCGGAGGAAAGGCUGAUUUCCCAACCAUACCAAGAUUUACUUAUGGAGAACAUAUCGAUAUCUCUAUUGCCAAACACACCAGAACUCCUGUUCUUAACUACACGUAAAAACUGUGUUACUCAAUUAAUAAAAUGCUCAAUUAUAAUAUUGUACUAAAUUUUUCAUUUCAGAGCCUUUGCCUGGGAUAAUGGUGAUCUGACAGAACUUCACAGUGAAAACGGCUACAUAACAGGACAUCCAAACAACUCUAUUGUGGCUAUGACAACUGUCAUGAGCAACGGUAACCUAAACUACAUUUUAAAACGUCUUUUUAGGCUUUGCAACAGUUGAGCAAGGCAACGAAACCGAUCAUUCCAUCAGAUUCAGACUUCGAAACAUUGGCAGAAUCAACUUCUCCAGGGAUCUCCCGGUCAGACGGGUAUGUUGAACUUAUUUUUACCUAAUUUAAGGGUUGGUAAUGUAGUGAACUAUAGAAAUACUGUUAAAUUUAAACUGCUAUUUAAAAAUAAAAGUUUUGUUAGAUUGAUACCUAAAACAAUAUAAUUUCAGAUGGUCAGAGAUUGGAUUCUCUUAAACGAAACCCACUUAGAAUCGAGAUUGGUUAUGGCAACAACAACACACCCUAUGCUUCUACACACUCAUAUUAUCUACAAAAAGCUAUACCCAUGA